AUGUCCAGGUUCGAGAUCGUCACGCACAAGAUCCCGUGCCAGCACAUCCGCGAAUAUCCAUGUGCACUGGCCAACGCGCAAGAGGACGUUCUAUACCUUCAGGUAAAACAGUAUAUUCCACUUGACAAUGCCACCCCUCGGCCAGGAGAUGUGACAAUCCUUGGUGCCCACGCAAACGCCAUUCCCAAAGAACUUUAUGAGCCCUUCUGGACAGAUUUGCUUGAUGAGUCCAAGUUGAACGGGUUUCGCAUUAGGGCAAUCUGGAUAGCAGAUCUCGCCAGUCAAGGUGAAAGUGGGCAGUUAAAUCAAAGUCUGCUGGGCAAUGAUCCCUCGUGGUCAGAUCACGCACGGGACCUCCUUCAUCUCGUAAACCUCAAACGAGAAGAAAUGCCCCGUCCUAUCCUAGGCAUCGGUCAUAGCGCUGGUGGAGCGCAACUGGUUGAUCUCGCAUAUAUACACCCGAGGCUCUUCACCACACUCGUGCUCCUAGACCCUGGUAUACAGGUGCAGUCGGCAGAAGUGACUCCGGAAGAAAAGAGCGGUCCCGCGAAAUCGACCACCUUCAGGAGAAACUGGUGGCCUAGUCGUAAGGAGGCUGAGACAUCUUUCCGAAACAAUCGAUUCUACCAGGCAUGGGAUCCGAGAGUGCUACCUCUCUGGCUUGAGUAUGGUCUUCGUGAAAUAGAGGAUCACAACGCGCAUGGCCCAGUAUCGUUGACCACAUCUCCGGCUCAGGAAGUCUUCUUUUACUUACGGCCCAAUUACUUUGGAUUUGGGCACGAUGACAAAUCCGUCGACCGAAGAACUCACGCGGAUAUCGAUCCACGGUCACCCAUUAACUACCCAUUUUAUCGCCCUGAACCGGCUAGAAUCUUUCACGCCCUCCCGUCUCUUCGUCCGAGUGCAUUGUACAUAUUUGCCGAUCCCGGCCGUGUCUCAGCUUUAACUAGCGAAUUCAAUGACUUGAAAGUCUCGAGGACAGGCACAGGGGUUGGAGGCAGUGGUGGACUUCGCGAGGGGCGCGUCAAGAAUGUCACACUCCCUGGUGUAGGUCACAUGAUUCCUCUCGAAGCACCUAGGCAGACAGCGCAGGAAACGGCAGCAUGGAUCGGUGAUGAAAUGAGAAGGUGGAUUUCCCAUGAGGCAGAACAUGAACGAACAUGGAAGAGCAAGGCUCUCGUAGAAAAGCAGACCAUCGACGAACGCUGGAGGCGAGAGAUUGGAGGACGGCAAAGAGCGAAGAACCCACUCAGGCAGGAGCGGAGCCCAAAGAUUUGA